CGCGAAUAUCUGUUUUUCUUGUAAAAUUUUGUGAAAAUCAAUAGGUAUUGCAAAAUAAAAUCUUAAUUUUCGAGUUUAAUAACAGUGUAUUAAGUCAAUUAUAGGCAAAUUUUUCAAACUGUGUAGUCUAUUGUACAUUUUUAUUAAAAGGAAGGACAAAAAGCUUUACGCUUCUGAAAGUUUUAAAAAAGGAUUUUUUUAGCAUUUUCACGCAAAAUUUCUUAACUUAAACGUAAAAAUGACUCUCUACGAAGGCAUGGCCUUAAUCCAAGAGAAACAAGCCGUCGUGCUGGACCUGGGCACCGAUUACACAAAAUUCGGUUUCACGGGUGAGGCGGCGCCGCGCUGCAUCAUCCCGUCGGAGUUCUGGUGCUCGGACAGUCGGCGCAUGAAGCGCGUGUUUGACUACCACAGCGAGCAGGAGCUCUACGACAACCUCGUGCACAUGCUGCAUCUACUAUACUUCAGGCAUGUGCUGGUGAACCCGAAAGAGCGUAAGGUGGUGGUGGUGGAGUCGCUGCUGACCCCCACCCUCGUGCGGGAGACGCUGGCCAAGGUGCUCUUUAUGCACUAUGAGGUGUCGGGAGUGAUGUGGGCAGAUGCAGGGCGGCUGUGCGCGCUGACGCUGGGCGCGCCCAUCGCCCUCGUCGUCAUGAUCGGCGCUAUGGAGGCUGAGGUCAUUUCCGUGGUGCACGGUGUGCCGAUCCUGCAUGCGCUGCAGACGGCGCCGCUGGGCGCGCGCGCCAUCACCGCCGAGCUGCACCGCCUUUUGCUGGCCGACAACCCACACAUCCAACUCACUGAGGCCCAGCUCGAGGACAUCAAAGUGCGCGCGUGCUUCGUGCCGUCUCGCUCGCAGGUGGGCCGCGCGGACGUGCGCGCGGCGGUGUACGGGCUGGGGAGCGGGGGGGUGGUGCACGUCAGCGGCGCUGCGCGGGCGGGCGCGGCCGAACCGCUCUUCUACCAGGACGGGGACAUGUCCUCGUUGCCAGAUAUUAUGCUGCAGACUAUAGCUCAAAGCCCUAUCGACGCGCGGCUGGCGCUGGCGGAGAAUAUUCUGGUGACGGGCGGGACGGCGGCCAUGCCCGGUCUGAAGGCGCGCAUCGCCGAGGAGAUAAAAGACCUCGUGCUGCAGCACCCGUACUGCCUGCGUCUCAAGAUCCCAACGUUCAAGUUCCACACGGCGCCCGCUCACGACAACAGCGUGGCGUGGCUCGGCGGCGCGCUGCUCGGCGCGGCGGACGGCGGUGCGCGCGCGCUCCCGCGAGACAGGUUCGCGCAGCGGCGGCGCCUGCGCGACUGGCCCGACCUGCUGCACAACACCCCGCCCGGACAUCCCCACCACGACCAAUGCGACGUCUACAAGCCGGAGUGAACUACCCGCAUUUAUUUGCACUAGACAAAGACAAAAUUUUAAAGCUGGUAGACCAGGAAUUUUAUCGAUGUUGUCUCGAUGUACCUAUCUAAACUUUACUAAAAGAACUACUGUAAUAGAGUUUCUUUCUCCAUUCUUCAAUGUUUUGUCAGUGUUUCGAUGGUUUUCUAAACCAUUUAUUUAAAAAAUAACCCCUACGUGUCAAAUAACGCCUGCACAAUCUGUCUAUUUUCCGAAAGUAGAUGUUAGUCUAAAUGUUCGUUGGUCGCUACUACGGUAUCUUGUAUCUUUACCGUUUUUUAACAAGUUUGGUUUCUAUGAAACUUAUUACCGGCCUAAAGGUCGAAUUGGUUGAUUAUUUCAACUA